AUGAAACUACUAACUGUUCUCGCCGUAUGCCUCUUGGGCUGCGCAAUCGCGUCCGCUAGCGAAGUUGAUUGGUCUAAAGUACGUUCGUUAGAUGUCCGCCCAGCAAUUCCAGUUAAUCCACGGUUGCCUUAUGACCGUAUUGAAGGACGUAUAACCAAUGGUAUUGUGGCCGAAGAGAAACAAUUCCCUCAUCAAGCCGGUUUAUUGCUGUACCUUUCUAUUGGAGCUGCGUGGUGUGGUGGUAGUUUGAUCUCAGAUCGUUGGAUUUUAACAGCGGCCCAUUGCGCAGAAGGCGCAAUUGGUGUCGACGUGUAUCUGGGCGCCUGGAAUCGUACCGAUAAAACUGAAAAGAACCAGCAGAUCAUCUACUCAUCUGCCAGGAAUAUAAUUGUUCAUGAAGAAUGGGAUGCCUCCUUGUUGCUCAAUGACAUUGCACUUAUUAAGCUGCCAGUUCAAAUAGCAUUCAACGACUACAUUCAACCAAUUGCUCUUCCCAAAAUCUCGUCUACAUACGACACCUAUGCGGGUAAACAAGCGAUCGCUUCUGGUUGGGGAAAGAUUAGCGACAGUGCUAGAAGUGCCACCGAUGUGCUGCGCUGGAUUGAAGUGCCUAUUUUGGAGAAUAGGGUAUGCAACAGAUGGUUCCUUGGCUCGAUAAGAUCAACAAAUAUCUGCAUCAGAACUACUGGUGGUACUUCUACUUGCAAUGGUGACUCCGGUGGCCCAUUGAUAUACAAUGAUGGUGAGGAAAGCGUCCUGAUCGGUGCCACUUCAUUCGGCAUUUCUUUGGGCUGUGAAGUUGGCUGGCCAGGUGCGUUUACUCGUAUUACAUCAUACGUGGAUUGGAUUAAAGAAAAAUCCGGCGUUGCCAAUGAAUAAAAUGCAGUACUACAAAAAUCUAA